AUGGUAACUUGCCCUGGACCCUGCUCCAAGAGUAUGCUAACUUCUACACAAAGUGUACCGACACGAUCGAGGAUAAAGAAUGCUAUUUUGACUCUUACAAUAGAAAAUUCACCAAGCUCGCAACCGCGGGAUAGCCCUUGCGGCUUCGCUGCACGCGCCCCAGCGGAUCAGGCGGAUUUUGAGGAGGCUGCUCGAGCAGGGGAUUUCAACCUGCUCCGAUCUGUAGCACAUAACAGGGAAUGGAUCGUUGGUCAAAGGUACUGCAGGAGCGGCACUUCCAUUGACUCCUGCGAGCCAUAUCUGCAUUCUCUGUGGUAUGUCUAUUACCAAUGCGCCAGACAUGUCUCCCACGAAAGCUUUGAACAAGACAGAUGGGUGCUCGACAUCCUGCGGACAAGGGGACAAGGGCCCCUAACAAGGCCGGCACCGGGUGCUGGUAUCGAUAUUGCCAGAACUCCCAAUGGGACUGUCCGGAACGACCUGCCGUUCCUUACAACAGACAUGACAGAGUUGUGGAUCAACAACUGCGCGACAAUGGACGCAAAGCAGUGUCUUAAUGCUGCGUCCUUCCUUGCGAAGCUUGCCUCCACGCGCGUUGCCAAUGAUCAGCUUUGCCAGGUUGCUCUAAUUCUUUUCCAUAAUACGUUCGAGUCUGUGCGUCCCCUUGGCAGCUCUAAUAACCCAGAUGCCGAAGAUGCUCGCCGGACAAUCCAUAUAAUGACUAUCGCGUCAUUACUCCCAUCUGCAUGUGCCUGGCUCCGAGAGGCCGGGCAUAACAUCAUACUCUUAUCCGAUGUCUCAUGGAAUGAUUGCUCUAACAGUACCAUUAGGAGAGGUGGCUUCACUUUUGUCCAGUCAGAGCUAGGUCAACAAGCACCAAGUGGAUUUAGUCCUUGGAGAUGGCUAUACUGGUUUAAGCAGUUACAUGAGAUCGCCGAUGAAGCAGCAAAAGCAGAUAAGAAGGUUCUUGCAGAGCAGGCCAGCAAGGCCAUUAAGAUCAUGUUAAGCCAUGUCAAGCAGAGGAACUCUCAGAUUCUGAGGGUGUUUAAGGCAGCGGGCGAUGCCGUGACUGAGGACAAGGAUUUAUUCAGUCUGAAGAAGGAAUGGUAG